AUGCCAAUUUCCCGCAAUUCCAACGAAUCAUCGACGUGCAGCAUGGAAAUUCACAGGAAUCCCGAAGGAUCAGGGUCGAGAGUUUCUUUGCGCUCGUCCCGAGAUUGGAACCACGAGAUAAGAAACGAGUUUGCCGACGCUGCGGAGACCUGCUUCGUUCGGCUUGCCACACAGCAUGCUGCAGGGUAUCUCCCCCUGAGCGAUUACUUGGACGGCGUGCUGUCUCACUUGAGGAAAGGAGCGACAACGCACAAGUGGGAUGUACCGCCAGAAGACUUCAGCGACCUACUAGAGCUGGACCUCUUCGCGGGGGCUGUCAAGGCUCGGCAUCUCGAUCCGGCUUUCGUUCCCUUGGAAGAACAUGACUACUUCAAGGCAAAACGUCUUGCUUCCAGAUCAUGGACAACAAGUGAUCCAGACGAGUUCGACCGGCUCGGCCGAGAGGACCAGACCGACCCCUCAGCGUUGCUACCGGAAAUUGCCGACCUUUUGCUGGUCAUCUGCUACGCAAGGCGACACACACUCCUGUUUAGACACCUCAUUCGUCUGUUGCCGGGGCCUCCCGACAGGUCUACCUUUGACCUUCUGGAUGAGAUGUUGCUUCAACCACGAACCGCCUACUGGACCGUGAUACACCAGCAUUCCCCGAAACAACAGAGCAACUCGGCAGAUGAGAUAACUAUGUGGACUGACAUCCUCAACUUCGGCUGGGUGCAUGAUCCCGUGAGCUCGGAAACGCAGCGGUUCCUGCAUCAUGGGAUACGCAGCCAAGAUCCCAGUAUUGAAAGAGACGACAGCGUGGCGUUUGGGAGCCAGAAGCUGAGGGACUUUCACCUCGCGUUGGCCUCUAGGGGACUCUAUUGUGACGUGGCAUCGCUUGGCGAUCAUCUGGCGCGUUGCAAAUCCCUCGACCAAGCUCUCGACUUCCUCACCGUAUUCCCCGGGAAUAAAGUCAGGCCGUCGGGUCGUGACCUGUACGAAUGGGAGUCUGGGGGCCUGGUGGGUAGCAUCGCCGAUUCCUCGACCCUGGAUGGGAAGCUGCGGACGGACAUCAUGAGACUCGCUCUUGAGUGCAUUGAAGGCGUGGAUGUCAACGCCCCAUUUAACUCCAAUGCAUGGGAGGAUGACUUGCCGGGGAGGAAACGGACGCCUCGCAUGACCGGUCUACAGGUCGCAGCUUCCAAAGGGGACCGAGAGCUCUCCGAGGUUCUUCUCCAGCACGGAGCCCGGACUGAUGUGGUGGAGUACAUAACAGGGUUGAACGCAGCGGGAUUUGCGCGGAACAACGGGCAUGUGGACUUGGCGGAGUGGCUUGACGGGUUGUCUCCGGAGUAA